CACUACCGUACCCAGAAGCCGCAUGCUCGCUCAUCUGUCAACGUAAACAAACAAUCGCCCCGACAAAAACACCCCGGAACUACGCUUUCACCCCCGGAAAAUGGGUUUUAAAACAAAGUUUGUGCAAGAUUUAUGCACAACCAACACGGAAAUUUACGAAGAAGUGAUACAGUUCGUGCUGAACGAAAGCAUUUUUCUGCAGAAUGUACAAAACCUGCGGAAAUCGUCGCUCGAAGCGUUGGUGUACGUGUUGCUCGUGAAACAGCGCGGAAAGCUACCCGGAACGAUGCUUAACAGCGACCAAUUCAACGUGCAGAGCAUCGUAUCUCUCAUCAAUCUCAACUAUCUACGACUUCAGCAGGAUAAUGAAAGCUUCCGAUGGAUUUUAAGUGCCCUAACGCUGAUGGUUUUGAUCGAGAAGGAUGAAACCGAUCGCUCACAGUUGACCUCAAUCGUUGAUACAUUUGAUCGCGAGUUGCACGAAAUGCCGCUCUACUACGAUGUGCUGCGAACGUUACUGAUUUUAGCUAAAGAAAACCCCGAGCUCAUCCCCGUUUGCCGUGGACUGGAUGGUGAGCUGAUGGUUCGACGAUUGGCAUCGGAAUCGAGCGUGAUACGAAUGAAAGCCCUGGCCUGUCUGCAAACGAUGAUGGAAUUCAACGCCGGUCUGUACCGACAGUGGCUGGCACUGCUGCAAGAUACAAAGCUCUUGGCCGAGAGCAAAGUUUUCAUGCUGCACCAGUUGAUGGAGACCUUGCUGCGGCUGCACGAUAGAAAUGCUGACAUACUGACCACGUUGCAGUCGGAUCACGUUUGGUGCAUAUGUAUCGAAAGUUUCACCACCAAGCACCUCGUAACGCGAAAGGAAACGUUAGCGUUCGUACAGUACGCUAUCGGAUACGCGAAACAAUACGGGAAGAAGCUAGUGGGCCAAUAUUUCCAUUGGUCCGCCGAGCAGGCCGAAUCGGACCGUCUCAGCAACGCGUGGCAAUCGUUCGUAACCGUUGUGGAAGCGUUGAAUGAGUCCCAAACGCAUCUGAUUUUACCAGCACUGGAACUGCUUGGCCGGGUAGAUCCGCUCGCCGUCGCGUGGAAAAACGUCCUGCUUCGGUUGAUUCUACAGCACGAAAACGCUCGUGUUGUGAACCAUGGAUUGCACUACUUUCUCAAGAAAAGAUCGUUCGAUCCCACGGAAACGGAACUGGAGAAACAAUUUCUGGACACAUUCAACCGGAUGGCUGUGUUUGAACAUGUGCCGGAAAUGGUUUCCAAUCUCACCGAGUACUACAGCACACCGGAAGCUUUCGUCUAUCUGUUGAAUACGAUUCCAGACAUCGGAUGGAACUCGGUACCGUACUACUGCAUCGUGAGCGUGAUACACAACCGAACGAAUGGAGCUGAUCCCGUCUCAGGAGCGAGCCUUUCAUCGCUGAUAAAUUGCGUGAAAAUAUGUCACGACGUUAAAAAUGUUUCGCUACGAUACAUCACUUUCGUUUUACUGCUCAAGAGUGUACCACGCUUUGUGGAAAAUGAGCAAGAUUCGCCGAUUCUGCUCACCUUAGUGAAGGAAAUCGAGAAGCAUUCAUCCGUAUUUACACUCUCGUUGGACCAAUUCCAGAAUGAAGUAGGCUCCACGUUCGGCGAUUAUAUUACGACCGAUACGCUAAUGAGCUCUUUGGAAAAUGUAACCGUUACUGAUACGUUUUUCAUCAACCAACUGUUAGUGAAGCGCCUUGAAGCGUUAUCCGAGCUAGAACAGGAUCAACUCCUUAACGCAUUGCAGCUCUCUAAUCAACCGGUUUAUUUGAAUUUGUUACAAAAGCUUCCUGAGCUACGAACGACCCAUUUGCAGCAUGUUACCCGCAUCAUUCACACCACAAUGAGCAACCUGAUGAAAGCAGAGGAAACGGGACAAAGAAUCCCUUCCAGCGUAUUCAACGUACUGGCCGAAAUGAUCGGAUUGAUGCGAUCGUCUACCGAAUGCCCCAACGAAUGGAACGAGCUGCUAGCGUACACGGGCAAGCUAGCAACCAAGCGCCUGACAUCCUUCGAUUACGAACAACCGGUUGCCAUAGAAACGAUUCAAAUGACGCGCCUGCACGCUGUAUGCAUGGACGAGCACGUGCUAGCGAGCAAGUUUUACGAUGCAGUUUCACUGAAAGACCUGAAGGACAGCUUUCAACGCCGUCAAACGACGGAACCUCCAACGAUCGAUGAAGUGUAUGGAAUGAUUACGGACAUUUACCUACGCCACUACCAGGCCCGGGAACAACGCGAACGAACGACUGCAGCGGAAGACGAUUGGUCGAAACUGAUCAGUUUACUCGACGUUGGAAACAUCCACGUUUUAACGACGGUGAUUGAAAUUCUUCACACCGACACAGGAUCGGGAGAGGAUGGUUACGAUGCGGGACGAUUUACCGUGGUGGAUCGUUGCUACAGGGAAAUUCUAAACUACCGCAAAUCGGAUCAUUUCAUGAAGCUUAUGGAGAAGUUCGUUGAAAUGCUGUUCAAACCGUACGCUCGUAUGACCGACGAAGCGGAUCUGGAUGCGGUGGAAAUUCAUCCACGCGUUACCGAGUACGUCUGUAUGUUCCUCGAGCAAGCGAACACCAUUUAUGGGCUGGCCAACAUUGUGUUCGAAGCGCUGUUCCAGGUGCCCGUGGCAAUCGCACUGAACUGGGGCAGUUUUGGGAAGCUGCUGCUGCAGGGCAUGAUUUUUGGGGAUGUGCCGAAGCGAGAUCAAAAGCUGGAAUGUGAUGUGAUUGAUCGGUGUGGGCUUAACGUUCCCUUCAAACACCGCUCACGCUACCUUUCCCAAGCGGACGCCCGAGUACGCGUGCUUUGCGUUCAAUUCCUGUACCGCAUCGUUAAGGCCAACCAUCCGGACGCGGUGCUCUUCCUGCUCAAACUGGAACGCAUGCUAAUCGAACGGUUCGCACAAAUUACGAAAGCGAAGGAACGCUACUAUGCCGAUUCCAUCACCCAUCGGCAAAAGCUUCGCAUCGUGCAGGCCCUUUGCGUCGUGCUCAAACUUACCGGCACCAAACCGUACCCGCUGCUGGAGGUCAUGCUGUACGAAACGAAUCAACCCAACAUCAACUACCUCAUCGAACUGAUCGUCGCGGACAGCGCGAUCGAUACGCUCACCAUCGCCAACUCGCUGCGCAACGAGAAGGUUAAAGUGUCCGGCAUACAGUCGGUGUUUGUCAUCCUAUGGUUGCGCUGCUGCCAGUCGAAUGUGCUCGAUGAGCAGUACAUCUAUCUGCUGCUGCCCUGGACAAUGGCACAAAACUUUUCCACCCGACUGUACGCACAAAUAACGAUCAAAAAGCUGAUCGUGAAGUUCGCGACCGACCCGCACGGUGAGGGACCGUUUCGGGAGAUCUAUGCCGCCGUUAACAGCUACCUGCGGCAGGGCAAUGUGGAGCGAAACAUUGAGAAGUGUAUGAAAGAUUUUCGGUUUAACAGUGUGUUUGAUUACGGUAAUCUGCUCACGAUGGAAAAUGUGUUCCACAACGUACCGAAAGUAUCGGGCGCGCCCGGGGAGGAUAUCGUUGGGACGGCCGUCCUGCGGGACUGCUUGCAAACGCUCGGGCUGGGUGAAAGCAAUCUCGGCCAAGCGCUUGAGUUUGAAGCGCUACAAACGGAACGGCGUGAAAAUCUGUUCCUCGCCCAGUCGAUCGGUGGGACGGACUUUGUGCAGCGGAAGAUCGUUCCGCUGAAGAGCUUGGAGCCGAGCCAAGAACUGCUGCUCGGUUUGCCACAACAUCUCUGUGUUAAAAAGAUGGACUCCACCGAAGGAUUAAUCGUGGUAGCGAGCCUGGUAAAUCGGGCCCCCAAUCUCGGUGGACUUGCGCGAACGAGUGAAAUCUUCGCCGUAAAACAGUUCGUCAUAAACUCGCUGCAAGACAUCGAUAACAAAGAGUUUCAAGCGCUUAGCAUGACGGCCGAGAAGUGGCUUAAUGUGGGAGAGCUAAAAGCCCACAAAAUAGUCGAAUAUCUGGAAGAGAUGAAGGGGAAAGGAUAUGCGAUCGUUGGCGCGGAGCAAACGACCGGCAGCAAACCGAUUCAGCAGCUACAGUUCCCCAAAAAGUGCAUCCUCGUGUUGGGACACGAAAAGAAUGGACUACCGGCCGAGAUUAUACGACAUCUGGAUUUGGUAGGAGAAAUACCCCAGUUUGGCGUGGUCCGAUCGCUUAACGUGCACGUUACCGGAGCGAUCUUCAUGUGGGAGUACGCAAAGCAGCAUCAUGUCGUCACGGAGUUGUGAAACAAACGAUCAAUUGGUGUGUAGAAUAAUAAUGAGAAAGAAAGGAAGGGUUUGACUAUAAAUGCUAAAACAAGAAA